AUGGCUAAUAAAGAUUCACCCUCAUUCAGCUUGGGUAUUUCACAAAUUGAAACACAAAAAGUUGUUCAUGAUAGUAAUCAAGUCUUAAAUUUUACUUCGGGCAAUUUUGAUUACACCAAAUUAGGUUUUACUGAAAAUCGAUCAAAGCAGCGGAAUGAUCCUGAAAAAUUGAAGAUUUUAAGAGAAGCUUUUGCUGCUAAAAAUCAAGUUUCUGACAUGCAAAUGGAAGAUCAAGAUAAAAUUGAACAAAUCCCCAAAUCCCCGUCGGAGCAGGUGAUCUCCGUUGCUACCACAAACACGAGAGACUUGAGGAACACAUUGACAUUCCUUACUGAUAACGAUGAUGCUAGGGUAAUAGGAAAGUUGAUUGCAGAGCGAUCAAAAAAAGCUGAUGUCUACGCCAUUGCAUAUGAACCCGGGAAGAAUGAGCAAAUAGAGGGAAGACUUGAGAUUAUUCUUGAUACGAUUUACAAAAAUGGAAUCAUAUUUGUUUGA